AUCAAAUCAUCGAACAAGCCAUCCACCAUCCACUAUCCACCAUCCACCGCUCAUACAAUGUCACAAAUUCUAAGCUUCCUGCCCAAAUUCAUCUACGGCCAACUCUUCAUCACGCCGCCAGCGCCAACAAAGGACUGCGCAGGCAAAACUGUCAUCGUGACCGGCUCCAACACUGGCCUGGGUCUGGAAGCCGCCCGGCACUUUGUUCAACUCAACGCCGCCAAAGUCAUCCUCGCUUGCCGCAAUCUCGAAAAGGGAGAGGCCGCCGAGAAAGACAUCGAGUCCACCACUGGUCGGAAAGGCGUCGUCGAAGUCUGGCAACUAGACCUUACGAGCUAUGAAAGUGUAAAAGCCUUCGCGAAGAAGUCGCAGAGCUUGGAAAGGCUGGACAUUCUCCUCGAGAAUGCGGGUAUUGCGCCACCCAAUUUCAAAUUGGAGGAAGGCAGCGAGAGCACAAUCACGGUCAACGUCAUCUCUACGUUUCUGCUGGCGUUAUUGAUGGUGCCGAAGCUGCAAGAGACAGCCAAGAAGCACAACACUGUUCCAAAUCUCUGUAUCGUCAGCUCGGAAGCACACUUCUUCACCGCCUUCCCGGAACGCAAUUCCAGCUCCAUCUUCGACAAGCUCAACGACCGCUCCUCGGCCCGCAUGACGGACCGCUACAAUCUCUCCAAACUCCUCGAAGUCUUCGCCUGCCGCGAAAUCGCCCAGGACCAUCCGGUCUCUCAAUUCGGCGUGACCAUCACCUCCGUCAACCCCGGUCUCUGCCACAGCGAGCUGAUCCGACCCGAGGCGCCGGCCGUGGUGAGGGCGUUCAUGACGGUCAUGAAAGCCGUCCUGGCGCGGACCACGGAAGUGGGAGCGAGGACGCUCGUGGACGCGAGUUUGAGAGGUCAGGAGGAUCACGGGGCCUUUUUGAGUGAUUGCAAGGUUACCGAGGUGGCGAAGCUGGUGACGGACGAACCGGAGACGCAAACGAGGGUGUGGAGGGAAUUGGCGGCGAAGCUGGAGCAAAUUGAGCCGGGUGUUACGAAGAAUUUGGAGAGGGGCGUCAGUGCGAAGCUGUGA